AUGAAGGAGUGCUUGUAUCAAGUACUACAAACAGAGCCGAUAGAAGUGGAACAGGAUGUCUGGGUCAAAUGCGAGGAAAAAUCUGAGGACCGCCCAACUAGUGGGGGAAACCAGGUGAUGUACGUUGUAACGUACAAGGUCUGCGUCUAUUCGAAGAAGCAAACCGUCCACUAUCUAAAAAAAGUUGUGGAUAGAUGGUUGAAAGAGUACAAGGACUACAAACGGGAUCAACUCAGUGGAAAACAACUCAUCUUUAUGGUGCGAUUUCCCGAACAAGAUUUUAAUAAUAACAACAGCACGCCAACUGAAGAUGUUCAAUUCUCAACAUUUAAAACGUUUCGCUCUUUUGAUAAUUUGUUCUUCGAAAAAAAGGACGAGGUUCUGCACGACAUCAAUUUUUUCUUACAUGAAAAAGAAUGGCAUAAAAAAAGGGGAUUGCCAGAUUCAUUGGGGAUACUUUGUUAUGGAGUGCCGGGAUGUGGGAAGACGUCAUUCAUUAAAGCUUUACUGAAAAAGACCAAUCGCCAUGGAGUUAUCUUUUCUGUCAAUCGCCAAACAAGACUCGAAUCUAUUGAGAAAUUGAUGAGAAGUGAAGUUCUUUGUGAUUUCCCAAUUCCCCAAGAUCAACGCGUUUAUAUUCUAGAAGAUAUUGACGCUAUGGGAGAUUUGGUAACAAAGAGAGUCAAUCCUACUGACGACAAGCCAGAGGAGGAAAUGGAUGAUGAAGCGAAGAAGGAAGUUAUCACUCGAGAAAAAGAGGAAGAAAUUUUUGAACGUCAAUUAUUCAAAUGGCUUAAAUACGGCAUCAGCAAAUCUUCGGAUCAUCAUUUGGGAUUUUUUCUGAAUCUUCUCGACGGUUUGAUUGAAACUCCGGGACGUAUAAUCGUGAUGACCACAAAUCAUAUCGAAAAUUUGGAUCCCGCACUGAUUCGUCCUGGUCGCAUUGACAUCAAUAUAGAGUUUGUUAAGUGCAGCAGAGUGAUUGUUAAACAGAUCAUUUCUCAUUUCUAUAAUAGAGGAAUCGAUGAUUGGGAACUGGAUGAAGAAGUGACUGAUGAUCAGAUUACUCCAGCAGAACUGACGCAAAUUUGCCGGGCAAAUAAAUUUGAGUUCGAUGGAGCUCUACAUGAUCUUAACAAGUGGAUGGCGGCGAAGAAACGAAGUCUAGAAGAGCAGAAUAUCGAACCAGUCGAAGUUACUGGUGAUGUUGAGGCUAAGGAUGAAGAUGCAUCACGUCCUGAUGACACCAUGGCUCUAAGAGCAGAUUGA